GGGCUGGAAUUUCCCAGCAAUCAGUCACAUAAACCAUUCACCACGUGUCUAACCUUUACUUUUGUCACAGAGGCCUGACAGGAACCCAGAAGAUAAGAGCAGCCACCACUCCGACUACUACUGCGGCAGUGCAGACAGGACAGAACUCUGCUCUCCUUGUGGGUGACUUGUGGUCCCUGUUCUUUGAUCACCCAGUCCUUGCUGUCACUAAACAUGGCAGGCAGCAUAAUGCUUCUACCGUCUGGGGAUUUGGAGGGGCUGCAGCUGGUGGGCUCCGGGGGAUUUGGACUUGUAUACAGAGGACGGAGCAAGAUGCUGAGUAUGGAGGUUGCACUGAAGAUGAUCCAGGGGUCAAACAGCUCCAACCUGGCAAGAUUCAUGAGGGAUCUAAAGAAAGAACGAGAUGUAAUGCAGAAGGCCAGCAACCCUCACGUGCUCCGCCUCAUUGGUGUGUAUGAGAAACUUGAAGGAAAUCUUAUUGAACAUGGACUGGUCAUGGAGUACAUGCCCUACGGCUCUUUACGGUCUCUCUUUGACAAUAUCCCUGAUGUUCCCUGGGCCUUGAGGUUCCAGAUUCUCCACCAGGUGGGCCUGGGAAUGAACUAUCUGCACAGCCUUGACCCACCAAUCAUCCAUCGAGACCUGAAGCCUUCCAAUGUACUGUUAAGCAGGCACUUAGAUGCACAGAUCACAGAUUUUGGAUUGUCCAAGAUUGUUGGGGCAACUAGUUCUGUAGCUCCAUCGUUUGCUGGCACCUUAUCAUACAUGCCACCAGAAGCUCUGAAUGACAUCAACUAUUACUCAGCCAGAUCCUUUGAUGUUUACAGCUAUGGGAUCUUAACAUGGACAAUGUUCUCGUGUGAAGAACCCUAUCCUGGUAUACCUUUGGCUGUAAUCCAGCGCUGUGUGGUUGAAGGCCAAAGACCUAGAGCUAGUGUUCUAGACCAGUACAGCAAUAUCAGAAUGGUGCCUGAAGUUAAAGAAUUAAUGAUUAGAUGUUGGAAUCAAAAUGCAGAUAAUAGGCCAAGCUUCCAUGACUGUAGUGAAUCUACAUCAUUGAUGUUUGAGGCAUAUACAGAUGAAGUUGUUGAUGCUGUUCGAAGGGUUCAAGAUCUUCUUUGUAAGACGUCUUACCAGGAUGAGUCAACAGUAACAUUUGAACAUUCUAGCAUCUCUUUGGAGGAUUUUCUCAAAGAUUUAGAAAAUGCUCAAAAGGAUGAAUUGGAGGUAGAAACAUCUUCAGUGGAUGAAAAAACAGAAGAGAAAGAAGAUACGAACGACAAUAUGCUUUUACCUUCAGAAGCCGUUGAGGAUGAUGACAAAAUUUCUUCAACAGAAGCUUACCUGAAUAACAUUGCAACAUCCAUCACGAGUUCCGGUGACUAUAAAAAGAUAAUGAAAAAGCUUCAUAAUAAUGGCCUCUUAACUAAAAAGGAGCAGGAGAAACUCAAUAGCAGCCAGAGUUUGAAGGACUUGGGGAGCAGAGCAAGGAAAGUUAUUGUGACAAAGUACAAGGACGAUCCUAAAACAAUAACAUCUAUUUUUAAGAAAAUGUUCUGACUACAACUUGAAUUCAAUUUAAUCAUAACUGAUGGUUGUGCACAAGCUAUGAAAAGCAGUACAUGAAGCACAAUAUAGCUGACAUCAUAUUUGACCUGGAGCAUAUGGAAAAAUGCAACUCAAAGUCAAGGGUGUCCUACAAGAUAAGGGAAUGGCCUUCCUGUCUGAGGAUCAAUAGAGAAGAUGUGGUGGUGUGAAGCAGCAACAGGACGAUAGCUCAUUUUGAUGAGGUCUACCCACUAAACCUGUGUUUACACUUAUAGAGAAACAGACAUUCCUAAUUUGAUGUCCUCAUUUCCACUCUUUUCUUCUAAAUCUCUCUUGUGGAAUGGCUGACAAGACAACUAGUCAAUGCCAAGCAUGGGUCCUAC